UGUUAAAACACAGUGGAAGAUGAUACGCUGCCGUACAGAUGUGGGCACAUGCAGACGAUUAGGUUGUCUGCACCAUGCCACCAUGACCCAAAGUCGUUGCGCAAAGCUCCAAAGAGGGAAAAAAAAUUAACAAGGGUUAGCAUUCAAGUUGGUCUUUGCCUUGCACAUGCAUUAUCUAUGCUACUCUGUCAGUGCGUGAGCCGACGUGUCAGUUUCCGAUACGUUGGAAUGACGAGACUGAGGUAAAGUGGGUAACAAGUACUGUGCUUCUUUUCAAACAACCUCAGGUGACCAACUCCCCCACACAGUACACACACUCUCUCUUCUUCUUUUUUUCUUUUUUUUUUGCGACUACACACACUCUCUCUUCUCCCCAUCUGAGUCGAUAAAAUCUCCGGUUAGCCGGCCGGCGUGUUUGCUAUCUGCUCAAGCUCGUGGAUCACCGGUGGUACGUGAUGGUCCGGGGAAAGACGGUGAUCGAGAGGAUCGAAAACACGACGAGCCGGCAGGUGACCUUCUCCAAGAGGAAGAGUGGGCUGUUCAAGAAAGCCAGGGAGCUGGGCGUCCUCUGCGAUGCGCAGGUAGCCGUCGUCCUCUUCUCCAACACCGGGCGCCUCUACGACUACUCCAACUGCAACUCCGGGAUGAAAUCCAUAAUUGAAAGAUACCAACAUGUUAAGGAGGGCCAACAAUUCAUGAGUGCAAGCGCUGAGGCUAAGUUCUGGCAAGCGGAGGGAGAGCGUCUGAGGCAACAACUACAUAACUUGCAAGAGAAUCAUAGACAGUUGCUGGGACAACAUCUAUCUGGCUUAGGUUUGGAAGACAUGAGGGGUUUAGAGAGUCAACUGGAAACAAGCAUACAUAACAUUCGGCUAACAAAGGACCAACUUAUGAUUGAUGAAAUUGAAGAGUUAAACAAGAAGGAAAGCCUUGUGCACCAGGAAAAUAUUGAGCUGCACAAGAAACUAAACAUCAUUCGUCAAGAGAAUAUAUAUUUGCAAAACAAGUUAAAUGGUGAGGCAGAAGUAAACGGGACAAUUACAAGUUCUUCUAGCCAGUAUAGCACUGCUGCUCGAGAGGAUCCAGUUCGACUGGAACUUAGUCAUCCAGACCAUGCAGAAAGGGAUGAGCAACCAGAAUUACCAAUGCUGGGGUUAAAAGUUUUUACUACAAGGACUGGCCGAUGAUCGAGGAUUGAUAUGCCAAUUCUGUUCCAAAUCAAGUGCAAGUUCAUGCAUGUUUGUGCCAUGUCUACCCAUAUAUUAUAAAAAUAAAGUACCAUUGAGAGAUUUGCAACUUGCUCCAUGUGUUUUUUUUUUCUUCUUCUUUAAAUACAGUAUUGCUUGUUGAAUCCCGGAUGCAUAAACUUGCAUUCAAAUAAAAUAAAGUGUCAUAAAAACACGGUGGUUAGAGUUUUCAGUUGCAGGUAAAACCUUCUGCGAGAUUACGAGUACCAUAUAUUUCAAGGAAGUUGUCCA